GGCGGUGGCCCGGCUCCCGGAGGCUGUCGCGGAGCCCCCCCGGGGUCCCCGGGAAGGGGCGCGGGCUGACCGAUGUGCGUGAGGAGAUGCCUGGUGGGCCUCAUCUUUUGUACCUGCUACCUGGCUUCUUACCUCACGAACAAGUAUGUCCUGUCUGUCUUGAAAUUUACGUACCCUACAUUAUUCCAAGGGUGGCAGACAUUGAUUGGUGGACUUUUGCUUCAUGUGUCAUGGAAACUGGGCUGGGCCGAGAUCCACGGCAGUUCAAGAUCUGAUGUUUCAGCGUGGCUUCCUGCUUCGGUGCUGUUUGUGGGUAUAAUCUAUGCUGGUUCCAGAGCAUUAUCCAAACUGGCCAUUCCUGUGUUUCUCACUUUGCAUAAUGUAGCUGAAGUUAUCCUCUGUGGGCACCAGAUGUGUUUUCGGAAAGAGAAAACUUCUCCUGCAAAGAUCUGUAGUGCUCUCUUCCUCCUGGCUGCUGCAGGAUGCCUUCCCUUCAACGACCCCCAGUUUGAUCCUGGUGGAUAUUUCUGGGCUGUAAUUCACUUAUUCUGCGUAGGGGCUUAUGAGAUAUUGCAGAAGGCCCGGAAACCCAAUGUGCUAAGCGACAUUGACCAGCAGUACUUAAACUAUAUGUUCAGUGUGGUGCUCCUGGCACUUGCAUCCCAUCCCACAGGUGAUCUCAUCAGUGUCCCGGACUUCCCAUUCCUGUAUUUCUACAGAUUCCAUGGCAGCUGCUGUGCCAGCGGAUUGUUAGGAUUCUUUCUCAUGCUCAGCACAGUGAAGCUGAAAAGCCUUAUGGCCCCAGGGCAGUGUGCAGCCUGGAUUUUCUUUGCUAAGGUCAUCACAGCUGGCUCAUCAGUAUUGCUGUUUGAUAUGACCCUGACCAGUGCAACGGUGGGAUGCCUCUUGCUCGGUGGACUUGGAGAGGCCUUGCUGGUUUUCUCAGAGCGGAAGGGCUCCUAAGGGCAGGAAGAGUCGACUCACGGGUGCCAGCUGGGGUACACAGCCCCUGGACGUCGGACCUCCCUGUCAAGUGUGUUAGAGGGAAGAAAGCAGGGAUGGUGAGUCCACCGCUUCUCACAGCAUGAAGGAGAACUCUCUCCAUGGGUCUCUGGGCUGCUGUAGAGAAUGGACUGUGUUGUGUCUUCCUGCUCCGAGAGGCUCCCUCAGGUCCCGCUGACCACACCAUGCCCAGUGGUGCAGACUCAGCUAUGGUAGUCCCCCUGUACAGGGAUGGCUCUGCUCACCUGGAUGGCUACGCAGGCCUCCUUAUUAAACACCUGUCACCAAA